UUAGUAAUAUAUCCAACUCGUUAUUCAGUUCCCAAAGAUGAAUGUACAGUAAAAGAUUUAACCCUUGAAAUUCAAUGAAUGUCGCAAGCAAUUUGCGAAUUUUUUAAGAACAACUUAAGUUUAAUGGCAGGUUUCAACGGCAUACCCACUUUACCAUCAAUUCAUGGAUAACGCUAAUCUCAAGUCUCUUUUCGCACCAACCCAGUGAUGACACAACAGCUUUAAUAAACUGGUUGCAAUGGCCAGACAUGCUUUCUAGUUUUUUGACAAUUAGGUGUUGAAUGAAUAUUUUCAAGAUCAUUAUGUUUGUACUUCUAGGGACAGACAACCAUUCACUCUCACACUCACACCACCAUAGUCAGCCAUGGAGUGGAUCCCUGCAGCUUUUCUGCUGUUGUGUGUUGUCAACCUAAUUCAUGCACAGAACAAGCCUACAAUUCACACUGUAGUCGCGAACGUGUGUGAAGACACUCCUCUUGGUGCUCAUGCAUUCAGAAUAGAUGCAACAGAUAAAGAUAACGACCCUCUGAUGUAUUCACUCUAUGGGGAAAAUGCCACAUACUUCAGUGUGGACAAUAUGACCGGAGAUGUGACUGUUGCAAGGAAGCUUGACAGAGAGGUUUAUAAUUUAUUGACACUUGGAAUUUCAGUUUCAGACGGAAACGGAUUUGCAAGGAAAAAUAUGACAGUAAUUUUGAAUGAAGCCAAUGACAACAGACCCAUAUUUCAAGGGUCUAAGUUUGACAUCGAGGUGAAAGAGAGUACGAGAACAGGUACAAGUCUGUUUAGAGUGCAGGCCACUGACGAAGACAUUUUACAAGCUGGUCAGAUCAAAUACAGCAUUGCUGAUGUUUUCCCGAGUAAUGGAUUGAGUCUAUUUAGCAUUGCUCCUGAAACUGGUGAUGUCACAUUGACUGGGGCACUAAAUUACACUGGACUGAGUAGUUAUUAUCGGAUGAAGAUAAAUGCAACUGAUGGUGGGGGCCAGUGUUUUUACAGUGAGAUUAAUUAUCACUCAAACAUUGUUUUUUACUUUAUUACUGUUUUGGAUGUUGCGGAUCUCGACCCCAAAUUCUUGGGCCUUCCCUACAUCGGGAGUGUUGACGAAAACUCUGCGGUGGACCAUUCUAUUUAUACCGUGACAGCCAUAGACCAAGACACAGAAAUUAAUGACAGGAUCAUCUACAGCAUUGAAGAUUCCAAAGGCCUCUUUAAAAUCUCUAGCAAUGAUGGCGUUAUUUCUGUGGCAUCUGAAAUCGACAGAGAAGAAAUUGGUGACCAUGUCAAAAUGAUUAUCAAGGCCACUGAGUCCCAGCCCAACAUACAUGGGGAGUACGCUAGCACCACAGCGUCAAUACAGAUCAACAUCAAUGACAUCAAUGACAACAAACCAGAGUUUUACAAGUGCGAAGGCUCGGGAGAGCUGCAAACUUGUGAACAAGAGAGUCAAUUUGAAGUGGACGUAGCUGAGCACUCACUGGGAGGUGUGCCUAUUAAAAUGAUGGUCAAGGACAAAGACAAGAUUAAAAGCAUUAGACUAACCCUGAAGGGAGCUGACAAGGACGUGUUGUCUGUUGAGCCCCAAUUUUCGAUGGCCGACACCGUUGUUCAACUUGUGGUCAAAGAGCCACAAAAACUAGAUUACGAAGAAACGCAGCGUAUGGUUGUAGAGGUGAUUGCCAGCGAUCCAGAAGAAAUUACUUUUGUCUCGACAGCUACAGUCACGAUUAUGAUACAAGAUAUCAAUGACAACAAUCCCAAGUUCCCGAAGGAUUCCUACUUAAACUUGAAUGUGACCGAGCACUCUGAAGUUGACACCGUCGUGGCCACAAUCACCGCAGAUGAUCCUGACACGAUGGACAAAGACAACAUCACCUACAUGCUUCUCCCAGAAAGCAUACGAACUUAUUUUGACGUGGAACCAAAGACUGGUGUGAUUUACGUGAAAAACAAGACGCUCCUGGAUCGCGAAACCCGACCUUUGCACUCUGCCACUCUUCAAGCCAAAGAUUCGGAUGGCAAGCCUGCCACCGCACUACUGCAGUUCAUAGUGACGGACAUCAACGACCAGCCUCCAGCCAUCAACAAAGAAUAUUAUCAGGAGUUUGUAAAAGAGGGUUCACAGCUCGAACUUCAAGUCGAAGCGACUGAUGCAGAUGAGCCAGGCACGUUGAACAGUCAAAUUGUAUUCGCAAUACUGCCAAGCAAGUACAGCGAAUACUUCAGCAUGGACCCCAACACCGGAGUGCUGAGGAACCAGGUUGAACUGGACCGUGAGGAGUUGGAUGCUGAGCUGAAGGGCAAGAUCGAGCUCAACGUGACUGCCACAGACAUGGGCACGCCUGCCUUGUCAACCGUGGUCAACGUGAUCAUCAAUGUGGAGGAUGUCAAUGACAACCCACCAGAGUUUAAGAACUCCUCAUAUAAAUUCAGUGUAAAAGAGGGGGAAAAAGGUGCGUAUGUGGGGAAGGUCCUGGCUCAAGAUUUGGACCAAACAACCGACUUCAACCGCAUAGCUCUUCGAAUCAUCUCUGGAAGUUUUGACAGUUUCGCCAUUGUCACCUCUUUGGAAGAGCAAGUUUACCUGGGAAACAUCACAGUGGACCUGGGCGUCGAUCUGGACUAUGAGGGCGCUCGGCAAAAAUACACGCUGCAGGUAGAAGCCACAGAUCUGGGACUGAAAAAAGCAGUGGCGACGGUGGAGGUGGAUGUGUUGGACGUGAACGAUGAAAGGCCUGAGUUCUUGCCAUCAAAGCCUGUGAAAGUGAAAGAAAACACGACUUUGACUGAAGCCAUUGGGAAAUUUGAGGCGAGGGAUCAGGACGGAAACCACUCUCUGACCUACGAGAUGGAGUCCCUCAAAUGCCGAUGCAAUGGCUCUUUGUCACCUUGUGACUGGUUUGUCCUGGAGCCGACGGGAGACGUGCUGGUCAAUCCAGGACGCACGCUGGAUUAUGAAAUGUGCGACCGGGCGGUGAUGGAGGCUCAGGUCAUAGACGAGUACACUGAAAAAGGGGAGAAUUACAGUCUCGUUGCAGGACAAAUGGAGAUCAACAUUGAAGACAUCAAUGACAAUGCCCCACAUUUCAUCAUCUCAGAUUCUAUCUUUGCUGUGGUCUCAGAAACUGCAAGCAAGGGGACAUCAGUCGGGGGAGUCACUGCAAUGGACCGGGAUACAGAAAUUCAUGCACUGCUUGAGUUUCAAGUGAGUGAGGUGAAAUUUGAGGACGCCAACAAAAACACGAGCAUCACGAGGUCUCUGUUUGAGGCGGUUACCACGCAGCAAAAGGACAUUUACAUUGGGAUUAUUCAAACCACCGAGGGCCUUGAUGUCACUUUGAAGGGGAAAUAUUUGGUCACAGUGUCUGCAACGGACUCCGGCGGCCUCUCCACCCACACUACACUGGAGAUUUUCACCGUUGACAAGUCUUACAGAGUCGAACUUCAAUUUAGAAAUACUCGUGACGAGGUUGUAAAAAAUCAACCUGCCAUAAUCAGAACACUUACAGCUGCCACCAAAGCUGUCGUUGAGGUCGUUGCCAUUAGGGAUGGCGCUACUGAAGAAUCCAGGGCUUCAGUUGGUGCAGUAAUGGUGGCAUAUUUUCUCUUUUCCAAUGGGACUGCUCUCACUAAAUCUGAAGUGGAGUUGAUGAUUUCUGGACCCCAGCACGCUCAUCUGUUGGACCAGUUAGGCCUCAUGUACAUUACUGACUCAUCAACAAAACCUCCAGAGACUGACCCUCUACAAUUCAUCUCGCUUGGCAUCAUGGCUGGUCUCAUAAUUGUGCUUAUUGUCCUCAUCACUUCACUAGUAUGCACUCGCAGAAACUACAGGAGGAAGCUGAAGGCAGCAAAAGCCAUGAACUCCGCAACCAUGGUGGCGUCUGACAACCUGAAAAGUGGCCCCGUGGUGCCAGGGACCAACAAGUACACCAUGGAGGGGGCAAACCCAGUUCUAAAUCUCAACAUUGACACAGCCAUGGUGCUCGACCUGGAUGGGGAGAGCUCAGAUGUUGACAAAGUCAGCCUUGACUCCCUGGACUACAGCGAUGACAUGAACACAUCCGGGAAGGAUACAAAACCUGUUAUGCGAAAAAUCCAGGAAGAAGUGGAACCGGAGGACAACGGGCCCCCUGAGUACAUUGAACCUCUGGGCACGGCUUUGGCCCAGCGCAGCCAAGAAAAAGGUUCGGAGAGUCACACAGUGGGUGUCAGCAACCCUGCAUUCAGCACAACAGACCUGUGAUAUGUGAUAUCACCUCCCAACCAAAUUGACAAUCAAACACAACCAUGUUGGUGUCGAAGAGGUGUGAUGAAAUCUUGCGUAAGAUGUUCACGUUGAAAUGGUGGACUGACUAUUGUGAGGGUUUCUUUUCAGCACAACUCAAGGAAAAACCAAAAAUGUCACGAUGUCGCAUUGGCAUUUACCGAAAUAUCCUUGUUUUGAAUCAUUUUAACUCGUGAUUGUCAAACAGUUCAACAACUGAUUAGACUUUAACUCCCAUUUUAAGGAAAGCCUCUCAUUCAUCCACGGCUCAGUUUGAAGUUUGCACCUCAAUCACUGUUUUUUAUUAUUCUUAUUUUUAAAUCCAUUGUGUUACAUAAAAGGCUAAAUCAUCAAACCCUUGUCACUGUCCAAAUAAAUACGCUAAUAACUGUAACUACUCAUCAUUCUACUGCCAUAAGAUGCUUUACGAGAGUAUCAGAGAAGCAGAUUUUUUAGCUCAACUUCGAUCAGCUCCCAUAUGGGAAUCUGGAUUUGUAUGACACGCCAUUUGAAUCAAACAUUCUACUAACAUUCUACUCCUUUGGUACACUUGCAAAAAGUAUCACAUGUACACAAAAUCUUGUUUUGUCACAAUAUUCCUUUCAAAUGUCAUCACACUCUCAUGAAACAGAAAGCACGGGAAAAAGGCAUGUUUUGUGCAGACUGUCAUCUUUAUUUUGAUCACUGUCAUAAAGCAGUUUGUUUUGCUUUCAAAUGAACCGUGUCAUCAGUUCGAGCAACACCGAUGCAGCUGAUGCUACCCUUUCACAUAAAAAAGGUGUAUUGCAUUGCCUCAGUGGAGGACGCGAGAUUGUACUUCUGUCAAAAUGUGUAAAUAUACUUCGUUUGCUGGUGUUUACAUUGACUUCAUGCAGCGUCAGCUCAUUACUAAAAGCGUUGAAAAAAGUCACAUCGAAAUGAAUGUAUAACAGUGCAAUAAAUGAAUAAACAAAUACCUCCAACGUAGAUGUGACAAAUUGUCUGCACAGCAAUGCCACAGACCAUCAACUCUGAAACCAACUUUACGUCAACGAUGAGAGAAUGGCUUGGAGAUAAGAUGGCUUUAUUUUUAAUCACAACUAAAUAAGAAGUAAUAGCAAAAAAAUGGCUGUGAGUACGACCCACAUAGCUGAAGUCAUAACUUCUGAUCAUGAUUGUGCUUCUGUGCUCGGAUUAGUGCAUUUAUCCACAUUUCCACAAAACCAACAACUCCAAAAUCAAUGCCGAAUAGAAAAGCAGAGUACGAGACACUACACAAAAAAAGCCUGCGCUGACAUUAGGGACUCCGUUCAUACAACAGUAAGAUUUGAAGUUGACAUUCUACACAAAACUUGCCCUCAUUUAACAGCUCGAAAGAAUCUAAGUGACCUCUAGGUCGUUACUCUGCUCCGGCACCAUCCACACAGCUGGUUAGACGGGGCACUUUGCUCACAUGGUUUCAUGUUCAAUUUUGAACUGCUUUACGAAUAAAACUUGCUAUAUACAGUAAAUGGACAGUAAAAAGAAUCAAAGGAGAGCAUUUACCAGUGGUUCUUAACCUGGGUUCGGUUGAACCCCAGAGGUUCAGUGAAUCAGUGUUAGGGGAUCGACAGAGCCUCUGCCAUGGAGGUUAAGACACACCCGACUCAACAUAUCAAUUAGUUAUGACACACCCGCUUGGCCAUCAGUGGCUGAUUCAUUUUGUACACAGUUAAAAAACAUAUACUUGAUACUUAUACGAAUUGUGUUGACUUUUUUCCAUUUUUAAUAAAUGAUUUUUUUAAUGUCUCGAAUUUGUAAAAAAAAAAAACAAAAACAUUUUUAUUCUUCACAAAUGAAGGGUUCGGUGUAUGAACUGGUUGGGUUCGGUACCUCUAACAAGGUUAAGAACCACUGGCAGACAUUUUGGGAGAAGAGCAAUGGCAACAAUAACAUUAAAAUACAGUGUGACCUCCUCUUGUGAACACGGCAAAGGUGUCAUGGUAAUAGUUAAUAUUCCUGCUGUGAAAAUGUAAUUCCCUCCAUGAGACGAAUAAAGAAUAUUUCUGUCUGUCUGUCUGUCUGUCUGUCUGUCUGUCUGUCUGUCUGUCUAUCUAUCUAUCUAUCUAUCUAUCUAUCUAUCUAUCUAUCUAUCUAUCUAUCUAUCUAUCUAUCUAUCUAUCUAUCUAUCUAUCUAUCUAUCUAUCUAUCUAUCUAUUCAUCCUUCCGUCCAUCCAUCCAUCCAUCCAUCUAUCUAAUGGACCUUAUUGUGACAUGGUCU